AUGUGGCCUCACCGCCCGAUUCCGCAGGCAGCCAUGUUCGGCCGGGCGAUCAGCGCUGCGUCGGCGGCUUGCUUCUUGCAUCCCGUACAUCUCCUUGCAUACAUGAACCUGUACAAUAAUUGCUUUUUCUCUACAAUGGACCACGCCACAACGGUCCAACAGAUCUCCGAAAGGGUAGCCGACUUCCACCGUCGUCAACAACCUUUCCGCAUCUACCAUGGCUCAACGAACAGCACCCGCCCCGCAAACCACUCCGCAUCCACAACCGUGAGCACCGCAGGUUUGACGCGAGUCCUGGAAAUCGAUGUCGAGCGAUGCACCGCCGUCGUGGAGCCCAACGUCCCAAUGGACGAUCUCGUCGCCACUACCCGGCAACAGGGCCUCGUCCCGCUCGUCGUGAUGGAGUUUCCCGGCAUCACUGUUGGCGGCGGCUUCUCCGGGACCUCCGGGGAGAGUAGCUCGUUUCGAGAGGGGUUUUUUGACCAUACGGUUAACUGGGUGGAGAUGGUUCUUGCGGACGGUCAGGUUGUCAAGGCGUUUAAUGAUCGCAUUCUGAGCAAUGAUCAUGUUCAGGAGAAACGGUCGGAUUUGUUCUGGGGCGCUGCGUCGUCGUUUGGGACCAUGGGUGUUGUGACAUUGUUGGAGGUGAGGUUGAAGAAGGCGGAUCCGCUGGUGGAGUUGAAGUACUAUGUGAGCUCGGACAUGAAGGAUGCGCUCCGCAUAUUUCAGCAGGCGAGUGCCGAUCCGCAGACAGAGUACCUGGAUGGCAUUGUGUAUGCGCACAACAAGAUUGUGGUUUGUGCUGGGCGACAGGUCGAGAAUAUCUCAGCAACAAACUCGACGGUUCAGCGGUUUACUCGACGCGCAGACAAGUGGUUCUAUCUGCACGUGGAAAAGAUCGCGAAGAGCUUCAGCUCCAGCCAAAAUAACAUCUCGACACCCGCGGCCGUCGACUACAUCCCGCUGACCGAUUACUUAUUCCGGUACGACCGCGGCGGCUUCUGGGUAGCUCGCUAUGCUUACAGCUACUUCCUCACCCCAUUCAACUUCAUCACACGCUGGAUCCUCGACCGAUUCAUGCAUACCCGAGUGAUGUACCACGCAUUGCACGUCAGCGGCCUAUCACGCUUCUACAUUAUCCAAGACAUCGGCGUCCCCGUCUCCACAGCCGCCGAAUUCCUAGACUGGCUGGACCGCCCCGAGAACUUCGGCGAAUACCCCCUCUGGCUGUGCCCGCUCCCGCCCGGAAGUGCAGGAGGCCUAGAAGGGCAGGCUGUGAAAGACUUCGACAACGAAGACGCGGAUAGAACAACGCUCAUGAACUUUGGCAUCUGGGGCCCAUCCAACGCUAAGGGGCAGGAUGACUUUAUGAGAAAGAAUCGACAAAUUGAACACAAGGUCCAUAGUCUGGGCGGGAAGAAGUGGUUGUACGCACACACUUACUACACCGAGUCGGAAUUUUGGGAUAUAUAUAACAAGGACCGAUAUGAUUCUCUUCGGGAGAAGUACCACGCGCAGCAUCUCCCGACUUUGUAUGACAAGGUACGCGUGCGCGAGUCGGAUCUUCCUGGUGCACAUAGGGGAAACUUUGAGAGUGGGUGGAAGGGGAUGGUUAAGCGGGCUCUUUGGGAUGUGUGGCCUUUCAGUGGAUUGUAUGGUGUUUACAAGGCUUGGAGAGGAGGUGAUUAUCUUUUGCAGAAGGAGGCCUCCAGCAAGAAGAUUGAGUGA